AUGACCGGAGGGCCGGAAAAGCAACCGUUUUUGAUCUAUGACAACGGGCGGAGAGGCGAGACCGCAUGCUCGUUUUUGCAAGCCAUGAACAGCUGCGGGCACUAUCAACAAGCCGAACCUGGUGCUGGGGAGAGCACCGUGGCGUGCGUUUAUGCUCUGCUCCCAGGCAAAACCUUCUCCAUAUACGAAGAGCUUUUUCAAGCUAUUUUGGACACGUGUGAAGCGAACGGUUAUGCUCCAUACCCUGAGAUCAUCAUUAGCGACUAUGAGAUGGCCGCCAUAAGAGCGUCGAAAGCGGUCUUCGGAGAAGAUGUCACCACGAAAGGCUGCUUCUUUCACCUCUGCCAGAGUACCCACCGCAAGGUACGCGAGCUGGGCCUCAUCAGCAGGUACAAGACGGACGACAGGUUCAAGAAGAUGUGUGGAAUGCUAGACGGCCUCGCAUUCCUCCCUCCCGACCUUGUUCCAGUUGGGCUGGACUACAUCCGUGGUCAGGCUCCAACAGACCUCGAUGACCUCAUCGACUAUUUUGACGCGACGUAUGUAAACGGAACGUUCCGAGCAGUGUCAUCGAGAGUAGCCGAUGGCGCAUUAACCACAACGAUGCGCCGAAGACGCCCCGAGUUUCCGCCGACAGUGUGGAACGUGUUAGAAGCCACAUUAAACAACGAAGACCGCACAAAUAGCGCAUGCGAAGGAUGGAACAGCGGGUUUAAGAAGCUUGUCGGGCACAGCCAGCCCAGUAUAUGGAAGCUGAUCGACUGCUUGCAACAAGAUCAAGCCCUAUCGGAAGUAAUGCUGCUGCAAAUAAGCCGUGGGGAACCGCCGACGAAGAAGACCAAAAGGGCAACAAGGCGCCUACAGGACCGCCUCAGGAACAUCUGCCUGGACUAUCUUGAGCACAAACAAGUUCCACCCCUUCUGGAAGCGGUCGGAAAUUGUAUACGAUUCUAACGUGCGUGUAUGAAAAAAAUAAUUCAUGUU